GCGGACAGUUUGUGUUUGGCAUUUGAGAGAAUAGUUUCGCCGGCAAAGUGUGCACUUUUUAUUAAAUUUUGUAGUCAGCAAACACUUUUUAAACUAUGGGAAGAUAUGUGGUAUAUGACUGUGAUGUGGGUAUCGAUGACGCCUGGGGUCUGAUGAUGCUCAUCAAAGCUGAGGAAGCAUACAAAAGGCGUCCCGAUCUAGCGAAUUCCCCUAAAAAGUUUGAAAUAAUUGGCAUCACAUGCGUGCAAGGAAACACUGAUGUCGAUCAUGCGGUAAUAAAUACACUCAGAGUGUUGGACGCAAUUAAUAGAAAUGAUUUGCCAGUCUAUAAGGGUUGCAGUAGUCCGAUUCUACAAAGACAUUGGGAAAAUCCCGAAAUUUUUCAUGGAAAAGAUGGCUUUGGCGAUGUCCAGCAUGAAAAGCAAGUCAAUUUAGAUUUAGUAAGACCGGAGCAUGCGGUAAAUGCGAUGUAUGAUUUUGUUUGCAAGCAUCCGAAAAUGGUCGACUUUAUAUUAGUGGGACCACUGACAAAUUUUGCGAUGUGCAUCAAUAUGUAUGGCUCGAAAUUCGUAGAUAAUAUUGGAAACAUUUUCAUUAUGGGCGGCAAUUACCAGGGCCAAGGCAACGUCACCAAGAGUGCCGAGUUUAAUUUUAUGAUGGAUCCAGAAGCGGCACACAUUGUUUUGAACAGCAUAAAUACCCCUUUGACGCUACUCCCGUGGGAAACCUGUAUCGGUGAACUUUUUGGCAUUUCACUUGAUUGGCGCUUAAAUGUUCUUGGAUCUAUACAAAGUCCUUUCAUCGAGCUGCUGAAUCUUGUGGAACGUUCGGUUUUUAUACCAAAAGGUAUUGAAGGUUGGCUAGCUUCUGAUGCGGUGCUUGUUGCAGCCUACCUAUUCCCUCACUUGACAGUAAAAGUGAGUCGACUGUAUCACGCAGCCGUCGAACUGACUGGCACCCACACCCGUGGUCAAAUGGUUAUCGAUCACUUGAAACAGGAAAAGGACAAUGCGCAUAUAAUUAUGGAAGUCAAUAGCGAGCAAUACAAACGAAUUAUUGCGUGGACUGCGGGUUUAGAAGGUGUGGAUAUGGAAUGUGAGCUGGGAAAAGAUUAAUGCUAUCAAUUUGAAAUUAUGUUCAAUAUAAAACCAAAAUUGAAGUUCCUAACUGUUCCCUAUUGUUUGUGUUAUAUAUAAAUGAUUUUCAAAGUGUGUUAAAAUAUUGUGAUAUUCAUGUAUACGCAGAUGAUGUCCAAUUAUAUAUCAGCUGCCCUUUUGUAUCCAUCAAUACUUGCAUUAAUAACCGCAACACUGACUCAGAUAACGUUAGCAAAGAGGCCUGUGACAAAGGGUUACUUUUAAAUCCGAGUAAAUUUCAGUGUAUCAGCAGACUUUCAAGCUUGAAGGCUAUUAUGAAGCGAAAUUGAACAACACUACUAGAAAUCUAGGAGGAAUUUUCAAUAGAACUCUAUGGUGGAAUAACCACAUUUACAGUGCAAUAGGCAAGGUCUAUGGGAUGCUCCGUUCAUUAUCAGCUAUUCAGCACUUUACCCAAUGAAAAUAGGAGUAGUAAACUUAAUGUCCUCUACAAUGCUGCUUCCCAAGGUAAUUUACUCUAGUGAGCCCAAAUAUCUUGUCGCACGAAUUUAUUUUACUAGAUCGGUCUGAUC